GCACCUGAGUGAAACCACGCUCCCAGUUAUGGCGUCACUAAACCCUAAAAAAAAACCCUAUUCUGUUAAUCCCUCUGCAACUCCCGAAAUGUUCUCUCAAUUCAUUGAGGACCAAACCCUAUGGAAACCGUAUCCUGAUCAUCUCGUUGACACGCCAAGUGUUUUCCAUUCAUGACCAAUAAAUCGCAGCAUAAAGCCCAAUCUAAUAACCUCUCUGCAACUCCGAAAAUGAUCUCAAUUCAUGUAUGAAAAUCCGAAAACCUUGAUUUGAAAUCAAACCCACCAACAAAAUGAUCUUAAUUAGAAGAUCCUAUCUGUGCAUCAAGACCCUCUUCAGGCUUCGAAGCUCUUCAUUCUCCUUCUCUUCACAGGUUGAAUCCAGAUCUGAGACGCUUGAAAGAAUUGCAGAAGAGCUCCUGAAUCUCACCAAAAUUGAGAGGUAUGAUUACUCUUUACUCUUUCGUCACAAAUUAGGGUUUCAGAAACAUGGCCCCGCGCUAUCCGGUGCCAUUUCCGGCGACGCCACAGGGAAAUCUGGUUCUCCGGCGUCUGAGACCAAGGUCGCAGAGAAGACGGCCUUUGAUGUGAAGCUCGAGAAAUUUGACACAGCCGCAAAGAUUAAGAUUAUAAAGGAGGUCAGGACUUUUACUGAUUUAGGGCUCAAAGAGGCCAAGGAUUUGGUGGAGAAAGCUCCUGUUGUUUUGAAGAAGGGGUUAACUAAGGAGGAGGCUGGCCCUAUUGUGGAUAAACUAAAGGAAUUGGGGGCUACUGUUGUUUUAGAGUGAUAAAAAGAAGGUUGUUCUUUUUUAUCUCCAGAUACUGAUAGUGAUAGAAGGAAAACCGUUCUUGGUCUCUCUUGGUACUUUUGUUUUGAAAUAAUUGAAGAAUGCUCUCUUUAAUGUUGAUUGAUGGUGAUAAAAGAAGUUCGCUUAAUUGCUCAUACAUUGUGUCUCUUAGAAGGGAAUGGCGCUCUAUUUGCCACACAAAGGUGAAAUUUUGGUUGAGGUUUUUAUUGUUUUGUUGAUGAACGUGCGUGCCUUGUUUCUGUUUUCUUACUUGUGCUAUUUGUAGUUGGGGAUCCAAAUUUUGUAUUGUGUUACUGAUGAUAUUUAGUUUUGUAGGUUGAAUCAGUUGUAUAAUUACUCUUUCAGUGGUUUGUGCAUGAUGAAUUUUUUGGAUUUGGUUUUGUAAAAUGAAGGAUAAAGAAAAUCGGAAUGGAUUGCUUCA